AUGUCUGACUCUUACACUUCUGUGGCUGAUGUUAAAGGCCUGGUAGCGAAUGUGAAUAAUACAGCUAAGAACUUUGAAGCUGCUGCAGGAGGUGAUGUUCAUCUAGCUCGUCGUACCUUGCAGCUUGAAGCGAGAAAGCUGUUGUAUUCUUUGGAAGAGCCGAAUACUGAGGUAUGGCCUCGUGUCUAUCAGGUAAGGACACUGUUACCCAUGUUACAGACUUGGAUUUUUGUAGCCUUCUUUACUUGCUCACCCAUCCUAGGUCAAUGUAGGCGCAGCUAUUGAAGUUGUCUCGAAGUUAGGGUUAUGGAGCAAGUUCGAAGGAGAAAAGACCAUCUCGCUUGCCCAGAUAGUCCAAGAGACAAAGGCAGAUGAGAUCAUGAUUAGUGAGUAUCAGUCCAGAUUCCCCCUUUAGAAUUUCUCUACUAACGUAUCUGUGACAGUCCGAAUCUUUCGUCAACUUACUGCAGCCGGCAUCUUAGAAGAAAUUCCCGGUGCAGGCUACGCUCUUACCACCAUCGGCCAGCCAUACCUAAACUCAGACCACCGCGCUUUCAAUGACUUGAUCUUCAACGACAUUAUCCCUGCCAUCAUGGCCAUGCCCCGAACACUUGCUGAGCGCGGCUACAAAGCACCAACCAAGGAAUCCGGCACCCCAUAUAAAUGGGCUAACGGUGAAGAACUAUGGACAUGGUUAGGCUCGCACCCAGAUCGUGCCAUGAAUAUGGUCGCUGGAAUGAGAUCCCACAAUGCAGGGAAUGUCUCCGGCGACGCCUACCCUACCCCACCCUUUCGGUUCUGAGGUCGCCAAGCUCAACUUGAAAGACGACGAUGUUGCGAUUGUCGAUAUCGCAGGUGGCCAAGGCCACAUCAUGGAGGAAGUCCGCGAACGGAAUCCCAAUAUCAAGGGUCGGUUCAUCGUUCAAGAUCUCCCUUCUACCUUCGCUGCUGUCUCUGGCCCGCCUGCCGGUGUAGAAUUUAUGGAAUACGAUAUUUUCACGCCGCAACCGGUCAAGAAUGCUUCCAUCUACUAUUAUAGACACAUCUUCCAUGACUGGAGUGAUGGCGACUGUACGACGUUCUUGGAGCAAGUCGUGCCAUUGUUGAAAGAGCAACCGGAAAGCAAGUUACUCUUAGUAGACCUUGUUUUGCCAGAUACCAAUGCCACUAUGCAAGAAGCGAUCCAAGGCAUCUCCAUGUUUCCCAUCGGAGGGUUGGAGAGAACCGAGACUCAAUGGAGUAAGUUGUUGGCGAAGUCUGGGCUGAAGAUCAAGAAGAUUUGGAGGGGAAGCGAGCCUGAAGCCUGUGUUGAGUGCGAAUUGUUGUGA